CACAUAAUCUGAACAGUUCAAGUUCCAGUUCGUGAUCUGCAGAAUGAACAAGUUCAGGUUCAAGUUCUUUAUUUGCAAAUAUGUUGCAACACUAAAAAAAACAACACUAAUAACAAACGAGCAGGCGAGCACACUGCGCAGGCGCACGCAGCAUCACGCACUUCUCGCGAGACCUGGACGCGAGCAUGGCGGUGCUGCUGGAGACGACGCUGGGGGAUGUUGUGAUUGAUUUAUUCACAGAAGAGAGGCCGAAAACUUGUCUCAACUUUCUGAAAUUGUGCAAGAUAAAGUACUACAACUACUGCCUCAUCCACAAUGUCCAGAGAGACUUCAUCGUCCAGACCGGAGAUCCCACCGGCAGCGGCCGCGGAGGAGAAUCCGUCUACUGUAAACUGUACGGAGACCAGGCGCGCUUCUUCGAUGUGGAGAAAGCGCCGCGCAUCAAGCACAGGAAGAAGGGGACGGUUUCCAUGGUGAACAAUGGCAACGCUCAGCAUGGGUCUCAGUUCCUCAUCACGACAGGGGAGAACCUGGACUAUCUGGACGGAGUCCACACGGUGUUCGGGGAGGUGACGGAGGGCAUGGACGUGCUGACCAAGAUCAACGAGACCUUUGUGGACGAGGAUUUUGUCCCGUUUCAGGACAUCAGGAUAAACCACACAGUGAUCCUGGAUGACCCGUUUGACGACCCGCCGGACCUGCCGGUACCGGAUCGAUCCCCGGAGCCGACCAGAGAGCAGCUGGAUAGCGGCCGCAUCGGGGCAGACGAAGCCAUCGACGACGGCGAGGGGAAGGCGGCCGAGGAGCUGGAGGAGCGGCUGAAGGAGAAGGAGGCCAAGACCCAGGCCAUCCUGCUGGAGAUGGUGGGAGACCUCCCCGACGCAGACGUCAAGCCCCCCGAGAACGUGCUGUUUGUGUGCAAGCUGAACCCGGUGACCACAGACGAGGACCUGGAGAUCAUCUUCUCCCGCUUCGGGAGCAUCCAGAGCUGUGAGAUCAUCCGGGACUGGAAGAGCGGGGACUCCCUCUGCUACGCCUUCAUCGAGUUUGAGAAGGAAGAAGACUGUGAGAAGGCCUUCUUCAAAAUGGACAACGUGCUCAUCGACGACCGCCGCAUCCACGUGGACUUCAGCCAGUCGGUGGCAAAGAUCAAAUGGAAAGGAAAAGGUGGGAAGUACACGAAGGACGACUUCAAAGCCUACGAGAAGGACCUGGAGAGCCGCUCCAAACUGGCCCUGAAGGACCAAGUGAAGCCCAAGCAAGCCUCCAAGUACGAGCUGCUGAUGGAGGACGAGGACGAGACGGCGAGCCACCGGCACUCCGAGAAGAAACACAAGAAGAAGCACCACCAUCAUUCAGACGACGAGGACGGCAGGAAGAAGAAGCACAAGGACGGUGACGAGGGCCGACGUGACAAGAGAACGGGCCGCCAGCGCUCCCGCUCCACGUCACGGUCCCGGGACCGGGACAGCAAACACGGCAGGUCCCGGGGCAAACACGGCAAAGAGGCCCGGAGCCGGAGCCGGAGCCGGUCCCCCCGGAGGUCCAAGGACAAGGACAGGAGCAGGCACCGAUGAAACCACCCUGGGGGGGGGGGACACCCGGAGCAUGCUGGGUUUUUUUAGUUUUUUUUUUUUUUUUUAAUGUGUUAACGGUGGAAAUUUUAUCAAUUUGUUCACUUCCUCAUCGCGCCUCGCUUGCUGCUUCUGUAUUUUCUCCUCCUG